AAAGGAAAAUAAAGCUCCAUCUAUUAGACCACCAUCUAAGGCCCUCUUUGGCAGAGUUCUACCCGGCUCUGGAACUGUAGAUCAUUGUAGCGGAGCCAGAAGAAGCCUCAACAAACCAGCUCCACCGGCUCCGGCUGUUCCCUAGGCAAAAAUGAGUGAAGCUGGAGCUGUUUUUCCUGACGUCGGAAAAACAGUGCAGCACAGUAACAUUGGAGCCGGAGCCGGAGCCGGAGCUGGAGCCGGCGGGUGUGAAGCCCUACCAAAGAGGGCCUAAGCUAGAGAACACAAGACGCUUGAUCCUGUGAUGCAAUGCAACCCGAUGUCUGGUGAGCUGUGCAAGCAUGCACAAGCACAGGCGUGGCCCUGAACCUGCUGCGCGCGGCUCGUGAUCUGCCGCAGCACCAUCCCAUUCCACGGCCACCGCACCGCGGCCAUGGCGCUGCCGCCGGGCACGGGGCUGGUGGCCUACAACGCGGCCAUCUCCCGCUGCACCCGGGCGGGGCUCUACCCGCGCGCGCUCGCCCUGUUCCGGGAGAUGCGCGCCCGGGGCCUGCGCGCCGACGAGUACACCCUCCCGCCGCUCCUCAACUCCGCCGCGCUCCUGCGCGCCCCGCCCGCGGCGCGCGCGCUGCACGCCCUGCUCCUCCGGGCGGGCCUCGCCUCCCACCUCCACGUCGCCAACGCGCUCGUCGACGCCUACGCCAAGCUGUCCCGCCCGGCCGCCGCGCGCGCCGUGUUCGACAGAAUGCCGGCCCGGGACGUGGUCACCUGGACCUCCCUCCUCACGGCCUCCCUCCUCACGGGGCUGGCGCGCGCCGGGGCGCACGGCGAGGCCGCCCGCGUGUACCGCGGCAUGGUGGCGGCGGGGGUCGAUCCCGACGAGUUCGCCGUCGCCGCCGUGGUCAGCUCGUGCGCGGGCUCCACCAUGCUCGACAUGGGACGGUCGGUGCACGCCGCCGCGGUCCAGCGCGGGUUCGAGCCGUUCCUCUCGGUCGGGAACUCGCUCGUGUCCAUGUACGCCAAGACCGGCGCGCUGCGCGACGCGCGGGCGGUGUUCGAUGCGAUGCCGGCGCGGUGCACCAUCACGUGGACGGCCCUGAUCGUCGGGUGCGCGCAGAACGGGCGCGGAAGGCAGUCGCUCGAGAUCUACGCCGACAUGGUCCGGUCCGGGUGCAGGCCGGACUACGUGACCUUCAUCGGCCUGCUCUUCGCGUGCAGCCACGCCGGGCUCGUCGACGCCGGCCGGGCUCACUUCCGGUCCAUGGUCGCCGACUACGGCAUCGCUCCCGGGCCGGAUGACUACGCGUGCAUGGUCGACUUGCUAGGCCGGGCGGGGCGGCUGGAGGAGGCCGUGGACCUGCUGAACCGGAGCUCGACAGAGCUGGACGCCACGGUGUGGAAGGCGCUGCUGGGCGCGUGCCGGGUGCACCGGAACGCGGAGCUCGCCGAACGCGCGGCCGAGAUGGUGUGGAGGCUGGACCCGACGGACGCCGUGCCGUACGUCAUGCUCUCCAACCUCUACUCCCGGGCGAGGCGAUGGGGCGACGUCGCCAGGAUCCGCGCGCUGAUGAAGUCGAGAGGGAUCACCAAGGAGCCCGGGUGCAGCUGGGUCGGGGUGAACGGCGUGGCGCACCUGUUCCACGUCGAGGACCGCGGCCACCCGCGCGCGGCCGAGAUCUACCGGAAGGUGGAGGAGAUGACGGAGAGGAUCCGGGCCCAAGGGUACGUGCCGGACACGGACUGGGCGCUGCAGGACGAGGCGCCGGAGGGGAGGGAGAGGGGGCUGGCGUACCAUAGCGAGAGGCUCGCGGUGGCCUUCGGGCUGCUCGCCGUGCCGGCGGUCGCGCCCAUCCGCGUGUUCAAGAACCUCCGGGUGUGCGGGGUGUGCGGCGACUGCCAUGCCGCGAUCAAGAUGGUCGCCAAGGUGUACGGUAGGGAGAUCAUUCUGAGAGAUGCGAACUGCUUCCACCACAUGAAGGAUGGAGCUUGUUCUUGUGGUGAUUACUGGUAGGUAGAUCCGGCAGAGUUUCCACUGUUGGAUCUUGGUAGAUUCAGAGGGGCCUGUGAAAGGUUCAUGGUAGAGCGAAUCAAGCGGUAUGACAAAAUAGGAAUUCCAGUUCAUUGGAAACUGAGGCCACAUCAACAGGAGAUAAAAAUUCCCUCAGAAAAUUGCUCUGAAUUUCUAUUAGUAGAUUAGAUUGCACCAAAGGUGCCAGUGAUGUACAAUGUGCUAGUAUACUAUCCAGAUGGGCCCCCCGUUUCUACUAGAGUGUCCUACCAUUCUAAUCGUCGAUCUCCU